CGGGAGGCUAGGGUAGAGGGAAGCCAGGAACCGGAAGUGUCCCUCUUUCGUCGUCGUUGCUGCCGCCAUACGCUCUCGCCCUACUUAGCUCUUCUGUCAGAAUCUAGUAUAUUUUCUUUUGCUGUCCCUCAAAGCCUCCCACUCCUUCUCCCUUGUUUUUACCUAUACUGGGAGAACCUGUCCAGAGCCCCCUCCCCUUCUCCCCUUGCUGGCCCAGUUAUGGCAGAGAAUGAUGUAGACAAUGAGCUCUUGGACUAUGAAGAGGAUGAGGUGGAGACAGCUGCUGGGGGAGAUGGGGCUGAGGCCCCUGCCAAGAAGGAUGUCAAGGGCUCCUAUGUCUCCAUCCACAGCUCUGGCUUUCGCGAUUUCCUGCUCAAGCCAGAGUUGCUUCGGGCCAUUGUGGACUGUGGCUUUGAGCAUCCAUCAGAAGUCCAGCAUGAGUGCAUCCCUCAGUCCAUUCUGGGAAUGGAUGUCCUGUGCCAGGCUAAGUCAGGCAUGGGGAAGACAGCGGUGUUUGUGCUGGCCACGCUGCAACAGCUGGAACCAGUUACUGGGCAGGUGUCUGUGCUGGUGAUGUGUCACACUCAGGAGCUGGCUUUUCAGAUAAGCAAAGAAUAUGAGCGCUUCUCUAAAUACAUGCCCAAUGUCAAGGUCGCAGUAUUUUUUGGUGGUCUCUCUAUCAAGAAGGACGAAGAGGUACUGAAGAAGAACUGCCCGCAUAUUGUCGUGGGGACUCCUGGCCGCAUCCUAGCCCUGGCUCGAAAUAAGAGCCUUAACCUCAAACACAUUAAACACUUCAUUUUGGAUGAAUGUGAUAAGAUGCUUGAACAGCUCGACAUGCGUCGGGAUGUCCAGGAAAUUUUUCGCAUGACCCCCCAUGAGAAGCAGGUCAUGAUGUUCAGUGCUACCUUGAGCAAAGAGAUCCGUCCUGUCUGCCGCAAGUUCAUGCAAGAUCCAAUGGAGAUCUUCGUGGAUGAUGAGACGAAGUUGACGCUGCAUGGAUUGCAGCAGUACUAUGUGAAACUGAAGGACAACGAGAAGAACCGGAAACUUUUUGACCUUCUGGAUGUCCUUGAGUUCAACCAGGUGGUAAUCUUUGUGAAGUCUGUGCAGCGAUGCAUUGCCCUGGCCCAGCUCCUGGUGGAGCAGAACUUUCCAGCCAUUGCCAUCCACCGUGGGAUGCCCCAGGAGGAGAGGCUUUCUCGGUAUCAGCAGUUUAAAGAUUUUCAACGACGAAUUCUUGUGGCUACCAACCUUUUUGGCCACGGCAUGGACAUUGAACGGGUGAACAUUGCCUUUAACUACGACAUGCCUGAGGAUUCUGACACCUAUCUCCAUCGGGUGGCCCGAGCAGGCCGGUUUGGCACCAAGGGCUUGGCCAUCACGUUUGUGUCAGAUGAGAAUGAUGCCAAGAUCCUUAAUGAUGUGCAGGAUCGUUUUGAAGUCAAUAUUAGUGAGCUGCCCGAUGAGAUAGACAUCUUCUCCUACAUUGAACAGACACGGUAGAGGAUUUACCCAUUCUGGAAUGCGACAGUCUGUUCUUCAGGAGAGGACACCAAGUGUGGGGGUGAAGGAGACACUACUGCCACCUGCCCCUGACAGCCCCACCCUCACCCCAUGGCGUCCCUCUUCUGCAUCACCACCACUCCUAAACCCCUAUUUCCUGAUUUAUCAGAAUUUUUUUUAACAAAACUGAAAAUGAAACA